AUGAGAUUUGUUCAUAUCUGCUUAAUUAUAGCUAUUGCAAGUGCAACAAAAUUCUUAGAUGAAACCACAGUUUUUGGAUAGGAAGCAGAAGUUUAAAUUUCAUAUGAUCAACCUACAUCGCUGUUCACAGAAGAUUAAUUGGCUCAAAAUACAGAGUAGGGGAUGAAUAAAAAUGAACCCUUCGACUACUAAUCAGAAUAGAUAUCCCCAUUACAAAGCACUGAACAAUAACAAAUUUUAUUAGCCUAUGAAAAGGAUCUCUUACCAUAAGGAGACUGUGUAAUUUUAUACGCUGAAUGCCAAUUCAAAGGGACCUCAAAACAAGUUUGCAAAGGAGUAGAAGAAGUGAUGAGUUUUUCCCUUCCUGUGUAUUCAAUCUAUGUUCCUGAAUUAUAACAAUUUUCAACUAUUGAUGUGAAUAGUAAUUCCUAAGUUACUUUUUUAACCAGUGACAAGUGUUUAAAUUCACCUAUUGUUAUGGCUGAUACUCAAUUAGAUUUUUUCAUCGCAAAGUCAAUGUCAAAUUGGAUUGGAGAAAAUACAGUAAUAACUUAAUUGAUUCAAUAAGAGGAGGUAGAAAACUAAGAAACAGCAAGUCAAUAGGUUGAACAAUAAGAAAAUGUAUCAGAAUAGGUUGAUUAAUAAGUUUAAGAAUCAGCAGAUGUUAAUGCUGAAUAAUAAGCUGAUUAAGCAUAAGCAGAAUAGUAAGUUGAUCAAUCAUAAGCAGAAUAAUAAGUGGAUUAAACAUAAGCAGAAUAAUAAGUAGAUUAAACAUAAGCAGAAUCAUAAGUUGAUUAAACCUAAACAGAAUCAUCAGUAGAUUAAACAUAAACAGAAUAAUAAGUUGAUUAAACCUAAACUGAAUAAUAAGUUGAUCAAUCAUAAACAGAACAAUAAGUUGAUUAAUAGUAAGAGGCUUAAGCUUAAGAGUAAUAAUCAACCGAUAAUGAAUAACAAUCAGCAUAAGAACCAACCUAAUAAAAUGUAGAAGUAUAAUAAUCCCCAGAAUAGAAUAAUCAAUCAGAAAAUUAAUAGGAAUAAGCAUAAGAAACUACAUCUACUGAAUAAAAUUAAGAAAAUUAAACAUAAUAAGCAGAUUAAACUUAGGAAUAAGUAGAAUAACAAUCAGAGGCAGAUGUACAAAAUGAGGAAUUAUAACAAAAGGAAAUGGAGGAAGUUGUAGAAACUGUUGCAGAAAUUGUAUAAUAAGUAGAAGAUAAAUAAGAGGUUGAAUUAGAAACUGAAAAGGAGUAAUUGAAAUAAGAAGAGGAAGCCUAAUAAUAAUAAUAAACAUAAUAAUAAACAGAAUAAUCUGUUGAUGAUAUUCCAUAAAAUUAAGAACCACCCUAAUAGUAUUCCUAAUCUGAAACAGCAGAACCACUUGUAGGAUAAUCAUAAUAUACAAAAUGA